AUUUUCCAGAAAUUACGUACAAAUUUCACGAAAAUAUUUAAUUGAAAAUUAUUUUAAAAAAUACACAAAUUUUAAUUUAAACGUAAAUAUCGGAUAUAAAAGUGUUCAAAUUAAAAAAGUGCAUUUUUUAUCAGCUAAACAAAAUUUUUACGCAAGCAAAAUGGUUGCUGAGUAGAGACGUAAAAAUUUUGUGUGUGUACCAACGAAAGAGAGGAGAAAACGGAACGCGAGAAAGUAAAAAGAAGAAAUCGUAACUACCCGCUGGUAGUGUGCGUGAGUGUGUGGUAAGAAGCAGACAAAGAGAAAUAGACGAAAACUGUGUUGCGCCUGGAAAAAUGAUGGAAAACUAUGAGGACAUGAAUAUCCGACUAGGACACAUCAACUCGAAAGAGCUUAUGGCUGUCCACGAAGUCAAACUACAAAACGGACACGAUGAACUUAACAGUUUUGAAAGCUCACAGGCGAAUUUUGAUUUUGGCGCUGAAAUUCUGACAACAAACGUUAAGCCAGCAGCAGCAGCAACAACAUCAUCAGCAGCAGCAACAGAAGCGACGACGCCAGCAACAAGCGAAACGCAACCAAAAGCAAAUAGUGAAAUCAAAACAAAAACAUUGCCUCAAAUGGGAGAACAAAAAAUUGGCGCCAAUCGAAAUGACAAAAAUCAAAUAAAUGAAUUGGAGCAAAGUGACCAGCAUAGAAAAAGUCUGGACAAGUCCUUUUCCGAGGCGGAUGAUGACGAUGAGGGGGAUGAGGAUGAAAAUGAAGAUUACAAAUCAAGCUGGGCCAACAGCGAUGACGACGAUGACGAUGACUCGUCCAGCUCGGACUGCUCGUCGGUGGGUCGCAGCGACUGGAAGCUGCGUUGGCUCCAGCGCGAAUUUUACACUGGUCGCGUGCCACGCCAGGUUAUUGCCAGUAUAAUGCCGCACUUUGCCACUGGUCUGGCCACGGACACAGACGACUCGGUGCUGUGGGACUAUCUGGCACACCUGCUCAACGAGCCAAAGCGUCGCACCAAGCUGAGCAACGUGAACACUUUUGACGAUGUCAUCGAACUAGUGCACAAGUCGGAGAGAAUUAUUGUACUCACUGGAGCUGGUGUGUCUGUAUCUUGCGGCAUACCUGAUUUUCGCUCCACAAACGGCAUCUAUGCACGGCUAGCGCAUGAUUUUCCCGAUUUACCCGAUCCGCAGGCCAUGUUUGACAUCAACUACUUUAAGCGCGAUCCACGGCCUUUCUAUAAAUUUGCUCGUGAGAUUUAUCCAGGCGAAUUCAAGCCCUCACCGUGCCACCGAUUCAUCAAGAUGCUGGAGACCAAGGGCAAACUGUUGCGCAACUAUACGCAAAACAUAGAUACAUUAGAGCGUGUCGCAGGCAUUCAGCGGGUCAUUGAAUGCCAUGGCUCAUUUUCGACGGCCUCGUGCACCAAGUGCAAGUACAAGUGCAAUGCCGACGCCCUGCGAGCGGAUAUCUUUGCCCAGCGCAUACCCGUCUGCCCCCAGUGCCAGCCGAAUGUGGAGCACAGUGUUGAUGCCUCUGUCGCUGUUACAGAGGAGCAGCUGAAGCAGCUUGUCGAGAAUGGCAUCAUGAAGCCCGAUAUUGUCUUCUUUGGUGAAGGAUUGCCGGAUGAGUACCACACAGUUAUGGCCACGGAUAAGGACAAAUGCGAUUUAUUGAUUGUGAUUGGCUCUUCGCUGAAGGUACGCCCCGUCGCACACAUUCCCAGCAGCAUACCCGCCUCGGUGCCGCAAAUAUUGAUCAAUCGCGAGCAGCUGCAUCAUCUCAAGUUCGAUGUUGAACUAUUGGGCGACUCGGAUGUUAUUAUCAACCAAAUCUGUCAACGUCUAUCGGGCGCCGGUUCCACCUACGAUGACAAUGACUGGAAGCAGCUAUGUUGUGACGAUCAAGUGUUGCGUGAAUCCAAGGAGCUAUUGCCGCCGACAGAGCAUCAUUAUUACCAUCAUCAUCAUCACCAUCAUCGGCAUCGAAGCUCGGAGAGUGAGCAACAAUCCCAACUGGACACAGACACCCAAUCGCUUAAGUCUAAUGGCUCUACUGAUUAUUUGCUCGGCUCCUCGGCAGGCACAUGCUCCGACAGCGGCUUCGAGUCUUCCACAUUCACGGCAGUGCACAGCAAGCGCAACCACCAGCAGCAGCAGCAACCACAACAAAUCUGCAGCAGCAGCAGCAACAUCACCAACCACAGCAACGCAGACGAAUCCGCCGCCAUUGAACGUAUCAAGAGCGACAUACUCGUGGAACUAAAUGAGACGGCAUUGAGCUGCGAUCGACUUGUAACUCCAGCGGCAGCUAGCUCAUCGUCCAGCUAUCGUCAUCUCUCCAUUGAUUCCUCCAAGGACAGUGGCAUUGAGCAAUGCGAAUUCUCCAAUGCCAGUAAUAUCGAAGCCAAUCGUGGCUAUGCCAGUAAUAUGGAUCCCAGCAUUGCCGCGAAUAUGGUGGUGGAAACAAAGACAGCCGCACCCAGCUUGACGCCUACGCCGCCGCAGCGGCCGCAACGUCAGACUACGGCUGAACGUUUGCAGCCCGGAACGUUCUACUGCAAUCCGAACGGUUGCUCGUAUGUGUUUCCAGGCGCUCAGGUGUUCUGGAAUAGCGAUUGCAGCGAUGACGAGGAUGAUGAUGAUGGCGCAAGUGUGCGUGACGGCGAUCUCUUUGGCAAUGUUGUGGCCAGCGAUGAGGAAGCGUGCGAUUUAAAUGCGGUGCCCCUGUCACCGCUACUGCCGCCAGCCUUGGAAGCACAUAUUGUCACCGAAAUUACCAAUGGCAGCGCCAUGGAUGUACCGGUUGCACUCUCUGCCGCGAGCAGUCCCAGCAACAAGCGACGCAGUGCAGCAUCCACCGAAGAACAGUCGCCUGCGCCAUCAUCAAACAUCAAUCCGGAAAUUGAAUCUGAUACGCCGCCCAUUAAGAAGAGGCGGCCCAGCGUAGUAGCUGCAACAGCUGCAGCUGCAUUAACAACUGUGUAAAUGUUUAGAUAAGUUAAUUAUUUAUUUCCAUUGCGACUUGGAAGUCAAUUGAAUUUGGACUCAAGAGCCUAAACACUAUUUAAUGUCUAGAGAAGCUCAACACAAACUGUAUUUGAGGCUUUUUUCCGUUUUGAUUUGUCUAUUGUUUUUCUUCGAACUCUGAAAGCCCAAGUUUUGUAGUUGGUUCUACGCAACCCCUUUUGAUAUUUUUUUGCAAAUUUAGUACAUAUAUUUAUUCAAUAUGCGAGUGUGUAAAAUGUUAGUAUUUUUAUCAUGUUAAGUUGUUGUUGAGGCCUUUUAGUUAAUCCACUGAAAGCUGGAGGGAAAUGCACGCAAAUUCCAAAACAAUUUGCAUAUCGUUAGCGCAUGUUGCUUCAAUAUUCAAAUUAGGCUAAGCUUAAAAGUAUAUAAUAGAUAUAACUUUUUGUAGCAUUUAAGAUUCUGGACAAAAGAACACCCUGUAUAUAGGCAUCUUUGUAUAUGUAAUUUUUUCUAUUUCCUAUAAUUGAAUAUUCUGUUUCCUUAUUUCUAACUUUCGGUUAUGGCAGCUUUAUAUAUAAACAUAUUUGCAUUCACAUUUACACUUCACACACACACACCCACUCAUUCUUAUACAAACACACACACACACACACACACACAGUUAUAUAUUAACUUGCCGUAGAGUGCGAGUUAGAAUGUUUAAUCAAAAGUUUAGCAUAAUUAUCAAAUCAUAAUAGCCACCAAACGUAUGUGUAAAAAAUGAUAUACUAAGCACUAGUUGUAAUAUACCAAUCUAUAAUGUAUUAAUGUCAAAAAAAAAAAAAAAGUAAUAAAUCAAUUUAUUAAAAGUUGUUGAGCAGCUACAAAGGCA